AGGAAAUACUACUUGCACAGGCCGCACGGAUUAGGAAACAAGAAAGUAACUAGUAAUUGGAUGAUGGAGUACAUAGCGCGUAGAACUCCAAAUUCCAAAAAAUAAAAAAUACUCACAAACCAGAAGCUUUAAAAAGCAAACCCAGCAGUAUUGCCGUGGAAGUUAAGAAGACGAUACGAAUUCAAUCACAGAGAGAGAGAGAGAGAGAGCGAUUGGAAUCUUGGGAUUGCUUUGAAUUCACCCAUGACAGUCGAUUCUUCAGCAAUUCUGAAGAGGAGGCGGCUUACCUCGAUUGACCCCAUGGAAUCAGAACUAGCUAAGGCAAAGCUUGAAGCUGCGAAACAAAUAUUCGGACGAGAAAUCCGCGUGUUUGAAACUUCAAUUGCUUCUCCAACGCCCAAUGAUGCGUCCAGUAGCGAGGAUCCAGAUGACUUCUAUGAUUUCACUCCGGAGGAUUACUAUCGAAUUUUGGGCACCAGGAAGGAAGAUAAAUUCUUGAAGACCAGAAAAUUCCGAGAAGCGGAAGUGGCUGCUCGCAGAUCAAGAAUAACUAAGGCUGUGAUUAGGGUUCGUUUCCCAGAUAAUUAUACAUUAGAGGCCACAUUUCAUCCAUCAGAGGCCAUCCAAAGCUUAGUUGAUCUUCUUAAGAAAGUAGUUGCUGAACCAGAACUACCGUUUUAUGUUUAUACUACUCCUCCAAAGAAGCAAGUAAAAGACACGUCACAGGAUUUUUACUCUGCCGGCUUUGUUCCUGGUGCCACUGUGUAUUUCUCUUAUGACUUACCGAGAGGUAAUGAUACUGUAUCAGGUCCAUUCCUUCGAGAGGAUGUCUUGUCUUUGAAAGGUUUGGAAUUCAAUGCUGAACAAGUGCAACCAGCCGAAGCUGCCCUGGAUCCCGUAAUGGCUAGUCCCUCCUCCCCUGCUCUCCCUGAGCAAAAGCCUACCAACAAAAAAUCUGUUAAACCAAAGUGGCUGAAACUGUGACAUAUGAUAUAGAAGUGUAGUCCUUGUGGUGUUAAUACUUAAAGUUCUCAAUUCUUGAUGUGUGAUAUGGUCACCAACCUUUCAGAUAGUAAUGUCAAUAGUGGAGUAUUAUGUUGCACUGGUGCAUAUAUUGAUACAUGUUCUUAGUCUCCA